UUAAUUAAAAUGUCUAAUAUUAAACAACAAAUAUCAGAUAAUAAUGAUGAUGAAAAUAAUUCAUUAACAAAUACAUUUUUAAUUGAAUUAACGAGAGGAAUAUGUUUUGCGGGAAUUCCUCAUGCAAAGGAACGUGAAAGACAACAAAAUUUACUUCAAUCUGUUCAAAUUUCUAAAAGGCUACAUAUUGUAAGAUAA